GUCUAAUUUGCCCUUGGCAACUAAAGAUGAGGUUUCUAUGGAAACAAAUUGUUCUUCUAUCAAUCAGCGGCUGCCUUGCAGCCUGUGCAGAGGAUUUCAUGUUCCAGGGGCCAAAAUGGAGGACAGAGCCCAGUGACCUCAUUUUACCGUACAACUCCCCGGACCAGAAAGCCGUCAUUAAAUGUGAGGCGGAAGGAACCCCUUCCCUGCAGUACAGAUGGUCACUAAACGGAACACUCAUUGAUCUGAGGAGCGACUACCGGCGUCACAUGUCUGGGGGCAACCUGACCAUUAGCGGCUUGGACAGGGACCAAGACACAGGGAUAUACCAGUGCACGGCCUCCAACAAGUGGGGCUCUCUUCUGAGCCACAGAGCCAGCCUCCAGUUUGCAUACCUUGAAAACUACAAAACCCAAACAGUGAGGAGCGCUGUUAAUGUUCGAGAAGGCCAGGGGGUGGUUCUGCUCUGUGGACCUCCCACACAUUCUGGAGAGCUGACUUUUGCAUGGAUCUUUAAUGAGUACCCCUACUUUGUCCAGCAAGACACACGUCGGUUUAUAUCCCAGGAGACCGGGAGUCUGUACGUUGCCAAAGUUGAAUCUUCUGAUGUGGGAAACUACACUUGUGUGGUCAACAAUACCAUCACCCGAGAAAAGGUCCUGAGUCUGCCCACCCCGCUUGUCCUUAGGAACGAUGGGGUGAUGGGUGAAUACGAACCCAAAAUAGAAGUUAAUUUCCCCGAUUCCAUUCCAGCUGCCAAAGGAUCCACGGUGAAGCUGGAAUGCUUCGCUCUUGGAAACCCGGUUCCUGAAAUAAGCUGGAGAAGAACCAGUGGCGUUCCUUUCCCCGGCAAAGUCAAGAUGAGGAACUCCAACGCUGUACUGGAAAUUCCAAAUUUCCAGCAAGAGGACACCGGGACCUAUGAGUGUGUAGCGGAGAACAGCCGAGGAAAGAACACGGCGCGUGGCCGCCUCUCCUUCCACGCCAAACCCCACUGGCUCCAGACCAUCACGGACACGGCGCUGUCGAUCGAGGAGAACCUGUUCUGGGAGUGUAAGGCCAGCGGGAAGCCCAAGCCCUCGUACAGCUGGCUGAGGAACGGCGAGACCCUGACGUCCGAGAUGCGGGUGCAGAUGGAGAAUGGAGCGCUGACGGUCUCCGCCCUCAACCUGUCGGACGCGGGGCUCUAUCAGUGUGUGGCAGAAAACAAACAUGGAGUUAUUUAUUCCAGCGCUGAACUAAUGGUGUUAGCCUCACCACCCAGCUUCUCCAGGAGUGCCCUGCAGGCCGUGCUGAAAGCCCUCUCCGGCAGCCAGGUGUCACUGGACUGCCAGCCCCAGGCAUCCCCACCGGCCUCCAGUCUCUGGAAGAAAGGCAACGAGCUCCUGCAGAAAAGCGACAGGAUCGCCCUGCUCCCAAAUGGAACGCUGCGCAUCGCCAACGUGACCAAGCGGGACUCGGCCAGCUACACCUGCAUCGCUAGGAACCAGUUUGGCAGCGCCAGCACCACCGGGAUGCUGCUAGUCACCGAACCCACCCGGAUCACCCUGAGGCCCACUAACAUGGAGAUCAUCGUUGGGGAGAGCAUCGUGCUGCCCUGCCAGAUGGCCUGCGACCCAGCCCUCGACGUGUCCUUCUCCUGGGCCUUCAACGGGCAGCUCAUCGACUUCCAGAGAGACGGGGAGCAUUUUGAGAGAGUGGGCGGGACCAUAUCGGGGGAUCUGAUGAUCCGCAGCAUCCAGCUAAGCCACGGGGGGAAGUACGUCUGCCACAUCGACACAGACGUGGAGAGCCUGUCCGCCUCGGCCAUCUUGGUUGUCAAAGGCCCUCCCGGUCCUCCAGACAAGGUGUCUGUGGAGGAGAUCACAGACAGCACGGCCCAGCUGUCCUGGAGCCCCGGCAGGGACAACGGCAGCCCCAUCACGGGGUACAUCCUCCAGGCCCGCACCGCAUUCACCGUGGGCUGGCAGGCCGUGGAUACAGUGCCGGAGGUGGUCAACGGGAACCUGUUGACGGCCACGGUGGUGGGACUCAACGCCUGGGUGGAGUACCAGUUCAGGGUGGUGGCUCGCAACAGCGUGGGCGUAGGAGAACCCAGCCCCCCGUCCAUCAAGACCCGGACAGAGGAUGCCAUGCCCGAUGCGGCGCCCACUGAUGUCGGAGGGGGAGGCGGCACAAAGUCUGAAUUAGUGAUCACAUGGGAGCCCGUCCCCGAGGAGCUGCAGAACGGAGAGGGCUUCGGCUACAUCGUGGCCUUCCGGCCCGCGGGGGCCGCCGGCACGCCAUGGACGCGGGCCGCCGUGUCGACGCCGGGCGCGUCGCGCCACGCCUUCCGCAACGACUCCCUCCUCAUGCCACCGUUCGCCCCGUUCGACGUCAAGGUGGCGGCCUUCAACGACAAGGGCCCCGGGCCCUUCAGCUCCGUGGCCACCGUGUUCUCGGCGGAGGAAGUGCCCAGUGUGUCUCCUAAGAGGUUGAGAGUCCGCAGUGUGUCUGCAUCUCAGAUUGAAGUGUUCUGGGAACCUCUGCCUGCCGUUCCUGAACGGGUGCUGGGAUAUGAGGUGGUGUACUGGGAAGACGACACCAAACCCGACACGGUUGGGAAGGUCAGGAUUUCCGGUAACUACACGCUGGUCAACGUGACGGGGCUCACCGGCCACACACCGUACUACCUGGCCGUCGCCGCCUUCAACACCGCCGGCUCCGGCCCGCAGUCGGUCGCCAUCAACAUCACCACCAAGAAGCCGCCUCCGGGUCAGCCACCAGUCAAUGUGGAAUGGAGCAUGACCGGAUCUCUGCUCACGCUGCACUGGGACCCUGUGGUCGCUACGGAAACAGAAUCCCCCGUCACUGGAUAUAUGGUGCUGCUGAAGAGACAGGGCUACAGCGACAUCGACAUGGUCCGGACCGACAAGAACAACCUGGAGCUCAACCUGCCGGCCAGCGACAACUACCUGGUCCAGAUCAAGGCUUUGACCCAGGGGGGAGAAGGGGUGGGCAGCGAACCCAUCCAUGUGCAUAAAUCAAGCAUGGGUGCGAGAGGCUCGGGAGCUCCUGGCCUGCUCCCGCUGUACUCCUCGGCCGUCCUUAUCAGCACCCUGCUUAGCACCUCCUGGUGA